CAGCAGCUCCCCCGUGCCUCAGGCACAAAGUAAAUUCCUCUGGAGAGUGACUGUUGGAGCAGCCUGGGGUAGAGCCACUUGCCACAAAGGGUGGGUUUGGUGGGUCCUUGGUGAGAGAGGACCCCUUCCCUGCUGCAGCUGUCCUGCAAAGUUUGGCAGAUGGAGUCUGGACGGUGCCCAACCAGUGCUGGGAAAGCUCCAGCCCCGGGAGAGGGAGGAGCCGCUCCCCAGGUGGGGCAGGUGGGGCACCUGAGCUCAGGUAUGUCCCAGGCUCUGGGAGGUGAUUGCUCCCUGGUUGGUGCCGGCAAACCAAAGUGGACUCUUGGCCCCAGGAUACAGCUCUGGGAAACUGCUUUUGUCUCACAGACUCUGCCUCGGAAGAAGGCCAUGGAAGGGGAAGGGUUAAGAAACUUCAAGGAACUUCGAGCCAAAUUUCAAAAGUUUGAUAUGCCAUUGCCUCCAGGACCUAUUAAAUUCUCAGCAGGUGUUUCUCAAAAGGGUGACAUUGGAAACACACAGUCAACAAGAAUUUUGGCCAAUGGGAAACCCCUCUCAUCCAACCACAGUUUGUUCCCACUACGUUCUAGUGCUGACUCCCAGCUUCUUAAAGACCAGGAAACAAAGCUGGCCCAGAGGAGUGAGAUUCAGAAAUGUUCAAAUUCCCCAGGAUCUCCGGAAAGGUCCCCUGGUCCUGCAGUAAAUUCCCAGAAAAGUCCUCCACUGUUAGACAGGAACCCAUCAAAUGCUGAGAUAACCAACAAGAGGAGAGUCACAGUGAAUGAUAGCUUCAAAGAUAAGCUCUGGAACUGGGAGAAGUUUUCAUCUCAGAAAAGUGAGUCGUCUUCAGCCUCUCUCCUUGCCAGGUGCGCUUGCAGGAUCUGCCACGCGGAGGAGCAGAAAAGCAGAGGGCUUCCUCCAAAGGAGCCCAGGAUAAUGCUGGAAAUAAAAGGAACACAGACCUUGCCUUCCCAGAGGCAUUUGGUGGCUCAAAGAGAAUCACUUACCUUUCCUGAAGAUCCCGCUUUUCUACUUUUUCAACAUGUCAGGAAGGGCCUAGAAAACCCUCUUCCCGAGAAGAGCCCAGUGAGAGGCUCCUGCCAGCUUGUCUAUGAGAGUGAACUUUCCAUUCAGGCCCCAGGCUCAGAGAAACAGUCUGUUGAUAAGCAUCAACAACUUCUCAAAACGAAACCACUGCCUUCCAUCGAGUCCCUGGGGCCUCCUCCCCCAAAGCCUCCGAAACCCCCAGUUGUGAAUCUCCAGGCCUUCCAGAGGCAGGCAGUUGCAAUUUCUAAGACCCACACAGAAGCAGCUGUGGAAGAGGGCUGCCUGCCUCCAGAGAGUGCUGAAUUUGAAGAGCCACAUAAUUAUGAGGCAACAAUUUCAUAUCUGAAACACUCUGGCAACUCCAUUAACCUGUGCACCGCAAAAGAAAUUGCUGAUUCAACUUAUGAAGUCGAAAUUGAAGAACCCCAAAAGCCUUGGAAGAAUGGUCUCCAUCAAAAACUUAGCCCUAAACAUGAAGAUGAAGAUGAAGAUAAAAAGGAGAAGGAAAAAGAGCCAUGUGAAUUGGAACCUCAAAAACUAGAAAAAGAUCUACUUUCAAGUCAUCUUUUCAAGGGGGCCACGCGUGGAGGGAUGCUGGGAAGAAAGCAGGUGAUGAAAGUCCUCGGAGGCCGCAGGAGCGUGCUGCCCAGGAAGCAGGGCCCUGUGAGCGAUGGCGCCCAGACGAAGGCCUGCCUCCAAGACCCGAAGCCGGCCAGGCGCUCCCUAGGCCACUGUGGGUAUGUGGAGGCCUUGGGAGUCACUACAGAAAUGCCAGGUGGGGGGGCCUGUAAGCCUCACUCCAACUCAGAGGAGACAUAUGAUGACGUUGAGUACCCCAGGAGAGCGGGACCACAAUCAGACCUUUCUAACUCAUUUGCUUCUGAUAAUGAAGAAAAUAAUGAAGAAAUGUAUGAAGAGGUCUAUAAAACAAAGAGCAACUACCCCAAAAUAGAUUUAGAUGGAAAAGAAGCACAAAGACUGCGAAAAUUCUUCAAGAAGGAAAAGGAUAGAUUUAAAAUGAAGAAAACAAGGUUGAAAGAAAACGUAAGUGCAUUUUCAAUUUCGCUGCCUGAUUUAGAACUUAGGUCUCAGGAAGCUAUUAUCUAUGAUAAUGUGGACAUAAGUGAAAAAGAGUCAAGAGAUGAAAAUAAACUAAAAACUUGGAAACCCAAGUUUUUGAUGGCAAAGGAAAAGAGAGAGACAAAAGGUGCUGAAGAAUCAGAAAGAAAUUUCUUCCGAACCAAGAAGCAAAACUUAGAAAAGAUGAGAAUGGAAAAAGAAGAAAAACAUUUUAGAGAACAAUUUGAGUAUGACAAAGAGAUUACUGUCAUCAACACAGCAGUGGCAUGUUCCAGUAAUUCAAGGAAUGGAAUAUUCGAUUUGCCAAUAACCCCUGGAGAAGAACUACAAGUCAUUGAUACCACUGAAGAAAAUCUAGUGAUUUGUCGCAAUUCCAAAGGCAAAUAUGGAUAUGUACUGAUUGAACAUCUAGAUUUCAAGCAUCAAGGCUGGUCACCUUAGGAAGAUCAAGCUCCAGUGGCAGGGGCUGCCCUAGUAAGGACUUGUCUGAGAGCUCAGACCUGCCUCACCUCAGGUUCAGUUGGCAUGUCAAAUGGGCUGGGGGAUCUGUGGAAACAGAGAAGAGAAAAACAAACCCUCCACAUUCAGAUGUUGGCUUUACUCCUAAAUGAUUAUCUUUCAAUGUCUAUGUCAGUCUCUGUUCACUGCUGACUCAAGAGAGUAUGAAACACUGUGGUUAGCAUUUGAGCAUCUAUUUAAUGAGCCAUAGCCCAAGCUGGAAAUCAUGCCUUAUGGCACCUAGGCAGCUGUGCAGAUGGUUAGUUUGCUUCUAAUAUCAGCACAUGAAUGUUUAUAAUUUCCAGAAGAUAUUGUGCAUUUAAAUUGGGUGCAAUUUACUUCUGAGAAGUAAAUAGUGUAACCAAGGUCUUUAAAAUACUCAGAUUUAAGGUAUAAUCUUAAAAUGUAAUUAUGGCUCAGUCUAUAAGUAUCCUUCUCCUUAAUCAAAAAUAUCAAUGCUGUUCAAUAUUGGCUCCUUUUGGGAACAGCAUGCUAAAUAGUAAUUUAUUCCUAAACGAAGAGCCUAAAUAUGUUUAACACAAUUUAAAUACUAUACAUAUGCUGUCAAUUUAAAACAUCCUGUCGUCCAAAGUAAGAAAAAUAAUUCUAUGCCUGAACACCUAUGAAAAAAUGAGACGGAGCUGUAAAUAACUGCCUAGCCAGGGGAGACAUUCUACGGGGCAUACAGCUGUCUUAAAAAAUGUUGGCAUUUUCAACACUGAAAAACUGGACAAUUUUGCUCCGUUGUUUUUGUUUGUUGGUUUAAGAUUUGUAUAUUUUAGAGAGAGAGCACAAGUGGGUGAGGAAGAAAAAUCUCCAACAGACUCCACGCUCAGCAUGGAGCCUGACACAGGGCUCUAUCUCACAAACCUGAGAUCACAAUCUGAGUUGAAACUGAGUCAGAUGCUUAACCAACGAGCCAUUCAGGCACCCCCUUUGCUCUGUUCUUUGCCUUCAAGGGAUGGAAUUAGUCCCAUGACCUCAUUCUUUAUACUGUGAGACUUCUAAAAAAUUUUUCUUAAAUUCAAUUAACAUACAGUGUAUUAGUUUCAGAGGCAGAGUUCACUGAUUCAUCAGUUGCAUAGAACACUCAGUGCUCCUUACAGCACAUGCCCUCCUUAAUGCUAUCAUCCCACCCACUCCCUUCCAGCAAGCCUCAGUUUGUUUUCUGUAGUUAACAGUCUCUUAGGGUUUGCUGUGAGACUAUUUUUAAAGUUUCUAGGUACUUUUAUCUUCUUUUCAUGUUCCAAAUGGUACUCACCAAUAAAAGCCAAGCAGCAGAAGUAUUCAUAGAGGAAAGGGGAAUAUGGCAGAAUACAAGAACUCUAGGCUCGUUUCAUCCCACGAAUACAUCAACCUAAAUACCCCAGAUAUCCAUCUGAAGACCAGUGGACAAAUUCCACAAUUAAAGGUAGAGAAGAGGCCACAUCAAAGAAGGUAGAAAGUAUGGAAACACAGCUUGGGAAAGAAAUGGAUCAUGGCCUCUGUGGUGGGAAGGGAGUCACAGUUGUCUGUUGUCAAAAAAUGCAAGAUGAAUUCCCAGAGCAAGUGGCUUGGAAUGGGAGUGGGGCCAAAUUCCAGCAGAGUUUAAAGCCUGGAGUUUUAAAGGUCAGUGUGCUUGGCUCUGAGAGAGCAUGGAGGACACUGGGGCUGCUCUUAGAGAAAGGGCGAGACAGCUCAGGAACAAUGUGGAAACAGCCAUCUGAAGAGCACCUGGGGCACACAAAGGGGGUUAGUUGCUUAGCUCUAAGCAUGUCUCAGGAGAGCAUUCAGGGCCAGACCCCUCCAGGAACAAAGGAACUGACAGGGCGAUUUCCCUCCCCCACCCCUCAGCAUAAGCACAGAGCACCUGCAGGAACCAGCACAGCUCCAUACUCACUACCUAACUUGCUUACACCAAGUCCCCCCCACCUACCCAAGCUUGGAAGAACUACUUUUCCUAGUCUGCUCGCCUCAGUAGGGUGGCAAGCCUCACCCCCCAGAAGACCAGCCCAAAUCCCUGGCAACACCCCAUCUCCCAACCUGGGAGUUUUGUGAGACCUCAGUUCCAGUGGCAACAGUGACAGGUCUCAUUUCUAGUUAAAAACACCACAUUCAGCCCAGGGCCACAGCCCACAACAGGCAAAGAGAACCUCUGCAGACAACUGGCCUGAAGAUAAACCAGCCAGAGUUCUGGAGACACCCCCAGAAGCGCCAGGCCCGGGGAACAGGGGAUACUACACUGCAGUACACUAUAGAACUUCUUCCUAAAGCUAUUACCCUCAAGAACAGGAGAUGUAACUGACUUUCUUAAUACAGAAACAGGCAUAGAGACUUAGACAAAAUGAUUAGAAGAAUUUGUCCCAAAUAAAAGGACAAGCCAUGGUUGGAAAUCUAAGCAGAAGAGAUACAAGUAACAUGCCUGAUAGAGAAUUUAAAGCAAAAAUCAUCAGGACACAGGACUUGAGAAAAGAGUGGAGGACAUCAGUGAGAUCCUUAACACAGAGAUAAGGAAUAACACAGAAGGGAUAAAGGACUCAAUAAAUGAAAUGAGAAAUAGGCUUGGUGGAAUGAACAGCAGGCUGGAGGAAGCAGAGGAAUGUAUUAAUGACCUAGAAGACAGAGUCAGGGAUAGUAAUCAAGCUGACUAUAAGAAAAAAUAUACAAAACAAGAACAGACUUAGGGAACUUAGUGAUUCCAUCAAACAUAGUAACAGUCAUAUUAUAGGAGUCACAGAAGAAAGAGAGAAAAGGAGGUAGAGAAUUUGAUGAAAUAGCUGAAAACUUCCUUAAUCUGGGGAAGGAAAUAGGCACAGAGAACCACCAACAAAAGCAGAUCUAUAUCAAGACAUAAUGUAAUUAAAACUCUUAAAAGCAGCAAGACAAAAGACUUACAAACAAUGGAAACCCAUGAGGCUACUAGUGGAUUUUUUUCACAGAAACUUUGAAAAUAUCAUGCCAUUCUCUUCUGGCUUGCAAAGUGCUGAAUGGGAAAAAUCUGUAGCCAACAAUACUCUAACCAGCAAGGCUAUCAUUCAGAAUAGAGGAGAGAGUUUCCCAAACACUAAAGGAGUUCAUGACCACUAAAUCAGCCCUGCAAGAAAUAUUAAAGGGGACUCUUUGAGCAGAAAGACUAAAAUGACAAUAUGAAGGUAGGAAACACAAAAGCGGUAAAAAGCGGUAAAAAUUUCUGUGAAAAACUGGUCAAGAAAUUCACAAAAUAGAAGGAUGUAUAACAGGACAACAAAUACCUAAAACAUGGGGAGGAAAGGGGUAAAGAAUAGGUUCAAACUUUAAAUGACCACCAACUUAAUGUAGACCCCCUAUGCAAAUAUUACAUACAAAACUAAUGGUUACCACAAAUAAAAAACAACUAAUAAAUAUACAAAAAAAGAAAAGAAAUCCAAAUAUAUCACUAAAGAAAACCAGCAAAUUCUGAAAGACAAGGAUCAGAGAAAUCUUCAGAACCAAUGGCAAAAUAAGUAAUAAAAUGGCAAUACAUAUCAAUAGUUAUUUUUAAUGUAAGUGGACUAAACAAAAAGCACAGGAUGACAGAAUGAAUUAAAAAAAACACCCAAGACCCGGGGUGCCUGGGCA